UUUAAUUGUGGUCAACUUAGCAAACCCACAAAAGCAGCAAGUUCUUUCUCGUCUAACCUAGUACUGCAGCACGAAGCGCAACCUCCAUAAUACGAACGGAAACUGUUUUGAAUAGAAGAUAAAAUCUUUUUGAAAAACCUAGGAAAAUGGGUUCGGAUUUCGAUAAAGAAAAUAACUUUAAUGGUUAUAAUCGAGGACCAUCGAUUCUUGUUGAAGAAAUGAAUGAAGAAGUGGUAUCAGAAGGCUCUGACGUUGAGUCAGAAGAAGAUCAGAAGAUGAUGGAGUCAUCAAUUGCAUCAAAAUCCCGUUACCAAAACGGUAUUACUACUGCUACCAAUGAUAAUGACUUGAAAGAUUCUUUUAAACAGCCACCAGAUUUAAGGUAUCUAGCUAGUGCUAAUUUUUCAUCUGAGUCUUUGUCAGAACCGGAAUCAAACUCUGUUGGACCUCCACCUCCAUUAGCAUUGAAUUAUUCUACAUUCCUGAAUAUGAAUGGAUCUCCAAUUACCCCAACUUAUAAUACGUUUUCUGCUAACACACCUUCAAUGCCGUAUAGUCCAGUUGGGCUUUCGAAUGGUAUGGGAGGAGCUCCUCUGCAUCGUAGAAGAUACUCUAACUCUUCUCUAACUAACUCUCCAAUUACCCAACCCUCUGCAUCGGCCAAUUCUAGAGCUUCCCGUCCAAGACCAAAGUCUGCAAUUUUCAUGAUGGACUCCAAUCACUAUCCAAUUUCAGAACAUGGUAGUCCCAUCCAAUCUCCGAUACAGAAUAAUAAUCCUAGAGCAAGAAACUCGAUACACUUUUCGGGCCGAACUAAUUAUAUACCUACUUCAAAUGGAUCCAUCAGUAACCUUCCUUCCAGAAAUAAUUCACCCACUAGGUCUACGUCUCCUUCAAGAUCUGGCCGUCAAUUCAGAUCAAAAUCUCCAGUAAGAAGAUCAAACUCGCCGGUGAAAUACCUGCCUUUCAAUUUCAAACCUCAAGAAGUUAUGAUGCAUAAUAAUAAUUCAAAUGGAUCCUUGUCAGUUAAGCCUGCUCAUAGAAAAGGUCAUAAAUAUAAACAUUCUUCUGUUUCGAUGAAUUUAUUUCAAGAACCACCGCCAGCUUUGGUGGUGAAUAAUCAACAAGCAGCAAUUCCUGAUCUGUACCCCAUUCCUAAUUUUACCGAAUCUUUAGGCUCGAUCAAACCCCAUCAGAAACUUAAAUUAGGACUUUCAUCUUGCCAUUUUUUCCUAUCGGUUAUUGUUUUCUUGGUUGGUUAUCAUUUUAAACUUCCUUCAUUUUCAACUUUGGCCCAUUUGGUUUUUUAUGACUCUUUGGGCUCCCUUAUCAUUGUUUUCGUUGAUAUAAUGUCCAACUUUGAGGUUUGGAAUAAUUCAUCGAUUGCAUAUCCGUUCGGUUUGGGUCGUUUGGAAGUCUUGGUAGGUUUUGCUCUUAGUGCUUCAUUAAUUAUGGUGGGUUGUGAUCUUGUAAGCCAUUUUUUGGAAGAAUUCGUUAUUAACUGGGUGGUGGUGGAUACUGAUCAAAAUGAACAACAUCUGUCUCAUCACAUUCAUGGAGAUCAUGAUGGUGAUGAAACAAAUUGGAUCAUUUAUCAAUUUGUGUUAUUUUUAGUGGUUGGGGUUACACUAAUCACUUCAAAAUAUAUAUAUUCUCUGGAUAGAAUUGGAGAAAUGAUUUCUUCAACUGAUAACCAAACCCCUAAUACUAACUCUAAAAUUGAUAAAUUAACUAAAGGGAAAGGUGGUCUACUUGACGAAGAUGAUUCUAAGAAAGCUGAGCAUGACUCCCUUUUCAGUAAGCUAGAAGGCUGGUGGUAUUACUUAUCCAAAAAUCCAACUAGAUUAUUGACAUUACUCUACGCCUUUUAUUUAGUGGUAUCUCCCCUUUUACCAGUGUCCGUUGUAUCGGAAAUUGGCUUCGACAUCGAUGAGGCUACUACUUUGGCUGUCGCUCUGCUUUUGUGUUUUAGUGGAUGGAAGCUAGUCAAAGCUUUGGGCAGUAUUCUUUUAUUAUCAUACCCUCAUUCGGAUUAUGAUUAUCAUAAUUUGAAAUCAUCCAUCAUCGACAAGAUCUUAACUUUGGAUUGCUAUAAGCAAACCUAUAAUUUAGAGAAACUAUUCAUUACCAAAUUCAACUACCAGCUCUUCGUCAUUGGAAUUAAAAUUACAAUGAAGAAUGCUAACGUCGACGAUGAGUCAAGAUUAAGAUUCGAAGUUAACAGACUUGUAAAAUCUUGCUUGGAAAAAGCCGACUACACGGGGAAAUCUAGCAACAUCGAAAUCACGAUCGACACCACUCGUAUCUAGCCCUCAAACCUUAUAUAUUCGUAUAUAUAUCUAUAUAUAUUAGUUGUAAAAUAGAUUAAGUUAUUGC